AUGCCUCAAAAACCACUCAAAGUCACCAAGAAAGUCAAGGAUCCACGUAGGGUUACGAAGAAGCAGAAAAACUUAAGAAAAGCUGCCCCAUUGCAGUUAAAAUCAAAAAAGAAGUCUCUACUGCAUUUGAAGAAAUUGAAGAAGAGAUCUUCUCUUACUGAGACUACUGAAAGGUUAGUCGCUAGUAAAGUUGGCCAUUUAGAGCUGUUAAGAGGUACUAGAAAAGAAUUGGAGAAGGGCAAGAAGGCCUCCAAGUGA